AUGAGGACUUUACUGGCAGUACUGGUGUUGGCUAUCUCAUCAGCAGCUUUAGAAGCAAAGCCUAAAACCCGUUUCACACGCUACCGCUCAUGGAACUCACAAAUGUAUCCAGUGUGGAAAGAUGGGGACUCCCGAUACAGAAACUGUUGGACUGGUGGCGAAGUUACAUUCGAUGUGAAAAACGAUGCACCCACCCUGACUGGCUCAAAGGCAACCUUUAACAUCAACCUUCGCCUUCCAUCAAACCAGACAGCACGUCCUGAUGGACAGGUGGUGUGGGUGCGUAACUGCACUGUCAAUGGAACACAGUACCGUCAGGGCCAGGCUGUGUACCCCGACCAGGUCUCUGGUCCUUCAGGAGAGUACAGUGGUGUCUUCCCUGAUGGCACCCCCUUCACUGGGACAGCAGACAGGAAACCCCACUACGUGUUUGUGUGGAAGACAUGGGGACGUUACUGGCAGGUGGCAGGCGGGCCCUCCUCUUCUCUCACCAUCGGCACAGACAAUGUGCCCCUAGGCUCUUACAACAUGGAGGUGGUCAUCUACCACUGCCGUGGCAAGGACAAGUUCAUUCCUCUGGGCUACGCCUCCACAACCUUCUCCAUCACAGAACAGAUCCCCUUCACGGUGUCGCUAACCCAAAUUAACGAUGUGAACCAGGCUGACCAGAGCUUCAUCCAGAACCGGGCCAUUGUCUUCAGCAUCAGCCUCCACGACCCCAGCCAAUACCUCAGCACCUCAGACAUCACCUUUAACUGGAACUUUGGUGACAACAGCGGCACCCUCAUCUCCAGGGAGCGCCAGGUCACACACAUGUACCUCACCGCUGGCACCUACAGGCCUCAGGUGGUCCUGAUGGCAAGCAUCCCCAACGGCUGUGACACGCCUGCAGACCCCACCACUGCUAACCCCACUGUGUUGGCCGGAGCCCCUGCCAUGGUUGUGGUGGUCUCUACCCCAGAGGCAGCUCCAGCUGACAUCGCCCUGGAUCUACUCGCCUCUGACGUUGCCCCUGCUGAGGCUGCAGAUGCAGUUGCAGCUGAUGACACAGAUGCAGUCGAAGCCGAUGCCGCAGUCGAACCCGCAGACACAGCCAAUGCCGCAGCCGAACCCACUGCCUCAGAGGGAGUCGAGGUGGUUGCCUCAGUGGCCCCUGCGGCAGAGGAUGCCACCGUUGUCCCAGCAGUAGAAGAUCCAGCUGUUGUCCCGGCAACAGAGGACAAUGCCACUGUCCCUGCAGUAGAAGCCGAUGCCACAGCAGAAAACACGGCUGCUCCAGCCGUUGAGGACCCCGCCGCUGUCCUGGCUGUGGAGGCAGCCACAACUGCCCCCGUCGCUCCAGCAGCUGAAGAGGCAGUUGUUGAAACCUCAGUGGUAGAGGCUACGGCCGCAGAUGUGCCCGUCAUCGACGCUGCUGCUUCAGUAGCUCCAGUUGCAGAGGGAGAGGAGGCCAUAGUGGACCUGGUGGCCACAGUCCUCCCAGAGAUCCCAGUCGUAGCCUCUGUUGCUGCCAAGGCGGAGGAGGCCUUGGUUGCCGAUACUGAAGUGGAGGUUGCGGCUGCUAUAGAGGUGGCCCAGGCUGAGAUCGUGGCCCCUGCUGCUAACGUCAUUGUUCCUGCCGACACAGAGGCUGCCGCUGUGGUGGAGGUGGUGCCAGCUGAACCUGCUCUUGAGACCGAGGCAGCGCUAGAGGCAGAGGUCGUAGAGACUGUGAAUGAGGUUGCAGCUGACGUCACUGCCGCACCAGCAACAGUGACUGCUCCAGUGGAGCGUGAGGUAGCAGCAGAGGCUGAGAUAGAGGCAGACACAGAGACACAGGUGGUUCUUGUUGUGGCUAAAAGGCAGGUUCCGGAACUUCCAGCAACUGAAAACUGUAUGAUCUACCGCUACGGCUCCUUCUCGACCUCAGUGGAUGUCGUCCAGGGUAUUGAGAGUGUGGAGAUCACCCAGGUGACCAACGUGGUGUCUCUGGCCACUGAGGUGGUGCAGAAUGCUGUGGACCUGACCAUCACCUGCCAGGGGAGCCUGCCCAAUGAAGUGUGCACCAUUAUCUCGGACGCAGACUGCAUCACACCUGUGGAGACCGUUUGUAACAACGUGACACCCUCCCCAGAUUGUCAGAUGAUACUUCGCCAGUUUUUCAACGAAUCUGGAGUGUUUUGCAUCAAUGUGUCCCUGACAAAUGAUGUUAGUCUGGCUGUGGCCAGUGCUAAAGUCAGUGUGACAGUGGGUUCCAACUCCUCCACAGCAGGCACUGUGGCUGCGGUUCUAGGUGUCAUGGUCCUUGUCUGUGUUGUUGGUGCCAUUGCUUUGACCUACAAGGGGUUUAAGCAGUAUCGCCCACUGAGGGAGGACUCCACAGGUGGCAUCAUGGGCAGCUCUGGAAUCACGUCUGUGCCUAUGCUGCUGUGGAAUCUUCUGAGCCGACAGACACCAGGAGAAAGAAGCCCACUGCUUCAGGGAAGCGUGGUGUGA